ACGCCCCCUUCCACGUCGACCUGCACUCUCGCCAUGUUCUCAACCCCCGGUGAAGCCCGCAGACCGGCUCGCUGCUGAAUUAAAGAGGAGAAGCGUUCAUACGGAGAUCUACUUCGAAGGAGUAAAAGAGGCAUCUGCGUUAGCCGCACAGCUAGUCUCUGCUAGUCUCACCCUGCAACCAUGAACAUCUUCAGGCUGACAGGAGACCUCUCUCAUCUGGCUGCUAUCAUCAUCCUGCUGCUCAAAAUAUGGAAAAGCAGGUCGUGUGCAGGUAUCUCUGGAAAGAGCCAAAUCCUGUUUGCUAUCGUGUUCACCACGCGCUACUUGGAUCUGCUCACCUCCUUCAUCUCCCUCUAUAACACAAGCAUGAAGGUGAUCUACAUCGGUUGUGCGUAUGCCACAGUCUACCUGAUCUACGUGAAGUUCAGGGCCACCUACGAUGGCAACCAUGACAGCUUCAGAGUGGAGUUCCUGGUUGUUCCCGUCGGGGGUCUCGCUGUUCUCAUCAACCACGACUUCGCUCUCCUGGAGAUCCUGUGGACGUUCUCCAUCUACCUGGAGUCGGUGGCAAUCCUGCCGCAGCUCUUCAUGAUCAGCAAGACUGGCGAGGCAGAGACGAUCACCACCCACUACCUGUUCUGCCUGGGCCUGUAUCGAGCCCUCUAUCUUUUCAACUGGAUCUGGCGUUUCUACUUCGAAGGCUUCUUUGACAUGAUCGCCAUCGUGGCCGGUUUGGUCCAGACUGUCCUCUACUGUGACUUCUUCUACCUUUAUGUCACCAAAGUGUUGAAAGGCAAGAAGCUGAGCCUGCCGGCGUAAAACAUGCAGACGGAGAUGGAGACUCCCAGCUGACUUUGAGGGGUGUGGAGAUGACAUCUCGUGACCUUCAACAAAAGAUGCCUGAGACAGAGAGCCACCUAUCGGGGGUAAAAACACUAGUCUUCUUGAUGGAUCUGGUAAAUGCCAACAAACACCAGAGCUGAACAAAAACCCAGCUGGUCCACCUUUUGAAUUUCUGCGUUCAGCAUCUUGCCUUAAACUUCUUUUCAUUGCUGUUCAAAAUAGGAGAAAAGGCUUUUUUCUUUCUUUCUUUCUUUUUUUUUUUUUUUUUUACAUCUGAGGUGAAAUUUAAUUUUCUUUUUAUAAUGUUACAAAUAGGGUUGACUCUGAAAAGUACCUUGUUUGACUUGGUAAUGAAAUGCACAAAUGUACAGUCUUAUUAAAGAGUGCGAUAAAGAGGUAAUGUGCCUGAUGAAGAUUAUGUACACUUUCUCACAGUAUUUCUUUUUACUUUUUUGAUUUUUAGUCUGCAUAUACUGUUCUACAUGUACCGUCUCCCGGAAUAUGUAAAGAUGCCAACAGCAACAGUUAAACGCCAACACGCAUGCAUUUUGUAAAUGCAUCGCUUUCUAAAAUUGCCCUGAACAACAUUUUAACUAUCAAUCUGAAACAUUUUGUAGUUUCAUCUCAUGAAAUGAAUUCAUUUAAUGUCAGCAAUCAGUUGGACAUAGAUAUUAGUGUUUUCAAAUGGUGGAUAUCUCAUUUGGGAUGAAACCUUCUCGUGUGUUUAUUGAUCUUUUUCCCCCUCUGCUUACUGUGUUGAAGGGUGUAUAUAAUGCAUCAAUUGUUUGACAGCUUUAAUGUAAAAAAAAACAUCACAUUUCUGAUGUCGAUCGAGCACAAACUUUGUUUCUGCCUGGUUGAAAACCCCAUUUCCAAAACUCAGCAACACCUUCAAACGGUUAUCUCAAGGCUGAAAUCUCAAUGAAGUCGAGAGUAAAGCAAUAAGGAAUCGCUAAAUGAUAUUUGGCAUUAAAAUGCUUCAGCUGGUUGUCACAUUUCAAGUGUGGACUGUAUGUCUAAUCAAACGGAUUUGACAUGGUGCUGGUCUGUAACCGAGUGGUGUUCAAUGGGUGCAUUUCUAUAACAUUUAAAGGCCUCUUGAAAACUUUAUUGUUUUUUUUUCUAAUGCAAACUAGUCAUUCCUAAAGAAUUAUUUCCACUUUUUAUGUCUUUUCUUUUCUCUUGCAUGAUAUCACCUCCAUUAAAGGUUUUAUGAGAAUCAC